CGGGAGAGUCAGACUGGUAGUUGGGAUACGUUUCUAUUGUCAACGUCGCAACCUCAGCGUAAUAGUCAAACUCCAUUUAUUAUCUGCGGAAGACUUCCAGGGAAGGUCAUCGGACCUCGGGCACUGCCGAUUUCAGAUGGCCCUCCCUGCUAUUAGUAGUCGGUGAUAUAGGGCUAUAUAGUUUCCAUAUCUCAGCACCCUCGUCGACAUCCUGCCAUCGACUGAGGUGCACUUUCAUAUCAGAUCUUAAAGGCCUCGCCGGUCUUCUGUCCAGUCACAUCUGCAAUGUCCUUCGUCAAGCUCAGCAUAUUCGGCACCUCGUUCGAGGUAACUACGCGUUAUGUUGACCUGCAACCAGUGGGAAUGGGGGCUUUCGGCCUGGUGUGCUCUGCAAAGGAUCAACUGACGGGCUCUUCUGUCGCCAUCAAAAAGAUCAUGAAACCAUUCAGUACCCCUGUCCUCAGCAAACGGACCUACCGCGAACUCAAACUUCUCAAGCACAUACAGCAUGAAAACAUUAUCAGUUUGAGCGAUGUAUUUAUAUCCCCUCUCGAGGAUUUAUACUUCGUCACCGAACUACUUGGGACGGAUCUUCACCGCCUUCUAACCUCUCGUCCAUUAGAGAAACAAUUCAUCCAGUACUUCCUCUACCAAAUACUUCGAGGUCUAAAAUAUGUUCACUCGGCUGGUGUUGUCCAUCGAGAUCUUAAACCAAGUAACAUCCUCGUCAAUGAAAACUGUGACCUGAAGAUUUGUGAUUUUGGUUUGGCCCGCAUCCAAGAUCCACAAAUGACCGGAUAUGUCUCGACGAGAUACUAUCGCGCUCCGGAGAUUAUGUUGACAUGGCAAAAGUAUGAUGUGGCCGUCGACAUCUGGAGUACUGGGUGCAUAUUUGCCGAGAUGUUAGAGGGGAAACCGCUUUUCCCUGGAAAAGACCAUGUCAAUCAAUUCUCGAUCAUCACCGAACUGCUAGGAACACCUCCAGAUGAUGUCAUAGAGACUAUCGCGAGUGAGAAUACACUUCGAUUUGUGCAGAGCUUACCGAAGCGCGAGCGGGUGCCGUUCAGCCAGAAGCUGAGAACCACUGAUAAGGAUGCUCUCGACCUUCUGGAAAAGAUGCUCGUUUUCGAUCCCCGGAAACGUAUCGAUGCCGCCACGUCCCUUGCGCACGAGUAUGUAGCUCCAUACCACGACCCUACAGACGAACCAGUUGCAGCGGAACAAUUUGAUUGGAGCUUCAACGAUGCUGAUCUUCCGGUGGAAACUUGGAAAGUUAUGAUGUACAGUGAAAUCCUUGACUUCCACCAAGUUGACGAGUCAACUACGUCUGCACCCAUACAUGAAGGUGCAUUGGCAGGACCAGACGGAUACGUUCCUUCGCAGUCAUCCCCUUCUUCCAAGUAAUCAUACAAUGGGUUUUCAUCGUCCACGCCGGUUGUUUUCUCUCGACCUAGUGCGUCAACCGUCCAUUACGGAACAUAGCGCUAACGCAUGUGUCGCUCAGGAUUGUCUUGCGGAACUAUGAUCGUCUCGUGGCUCUCACUCACUUGAAGGGUUUUACACUUCGUCUUUGCUCAAAGGACGCUUUCAAUCAAUAUCGUACUCAGUGCUCAUCUAUCUCUUGUAGUCUUGCUUCCGAUUUCUAUCAAGUUCUUCAGCAAUUUCAAUACAUGUAUUGCUUCUAACCCGAAUACACGAUGGGAUAGACACUAUUAGUUGACAUUGUUGGGAUGGGAACCAUGUCUGUAUAUAGUUCAGAUCAUUACUUGGCAGGUCAACAGUGCUGAAGUGAAG